AAUAGUGUAAACCUUAAAAGUCCGGAGAGAGGCGAAGGGGUGGAUGAAGAAGGAGAUGGCGAGAAGCAUCUCUUACAUCACCUCUUCUCAGCUCCUGGCUCUCCGUUGCCGACCCAACAUCGCCAUCGUCGACGUCAGGGAUGAAGAGAGGAGUUACGAUGGGCAUAUAGCCGGUUCACUGCACUACGCAAGUGACACAUUCACCGAUAAGAUCUCUAAUCUUGUUCAUGAUGUGAAGGGUAAAGACACUCUUGUCUUCCAUUGCGCUCUGAGCCAGGUUCGUGGCCCGACUUGUGCAAGAAGGCUUGCGAAUUUUCUCGAGGAGGCAAAGGAGGAGACAGGAAUCAAGAACAUAAUGGUUCUGGAACGCGGCUUCAAUGGUUGGGAUGCUUCCGGAAAACCAGUUUGCCGCUGCUCAGAUGUCCCGUGCAAGGGUGAAUGCGCAUAAAACCCGGAAGAUAAGAUUCAUAUGUUACUACUCUGAGGCCUUAUUCGGGUUCUCGAACAUUGAAACCAAAUCGAUCUCCAAGUUAUCGAGUAUCUAAGACUGUCAUAAAACGAGAGAGAUUGCUAACCAUGGCUUGUUUGUAAUGAGCUAUGGGAACUCUUUGCCAUUUCUUCUCCAUCUGAAUGGAUAGUAUCAGUAAGAUAUAUA